CCAUUGCGAUCACCGAGCAGCCGGUUUCUGUCUCGGUCCCCGUGGGAUACUCCUUCACGCUGCGGUGCAGAGCCGAAGGACGCACGUCGCUGCAGUACCAGUGGUUUUGUCAGCACCAGUCUGUCUGCCACCAGAUUCCUGGUGCCAUCAAGCAAGACUUGCCUGUCACUGCACAGCAGACCCAACUCUACACCUGCAGAAUCAAUGACCUCUACAGAAAUGUUGUCUUCUCUGACUGGGUGAAGGUGGAGGUCCAUCAGUGUGUCGCCAGAGGGCUGCCCCCUCAGCUCUGGCGAGGAGAACCAGUCAUUGUCCUCAGCCCUACCGAGCAGAGGGUGGAGGUGGGGAAGCCGCUACAGCUGCAGUGUGCUGCCAUGGGCAUCCCAGCCCCCAGCUACCAGUGGUACCGGAAUGGGAACCUGCUGGAACACCAGAAGAAAAAAAAGCUCUCGAUCACCCAUGCAAAGAUCAGUGACUCUGGCACAUACCUCUGCUGUGCCUCCAAUAGCCAAGGAGAGCACUGGACCAACGCUGUGGAUGUUCACAUAGGUAUGUGUCGCUCUGAAAAGUUUUUUGCUACAGGCAAGAUAGCGCUUUUAGUGGGCAACAACCACUACCAGCAUCAUCCUAACCUCAUGGCUCCUGUCACGGAUGUGUUUGAGCUGAGUCUUCUUCUGGAGCAGCUGGGCUUUCAGGUUGUCUCCCUUCUGGAUCUGAACAAGGCUGAGAUGGUGACAGCUGUCAGCCGGUUCCUGCAGCUCCUGGGGAAGGGAGUCUACGCUAUAUUCUACUAUGCUGGGCAUGGGUACGAACAUUCAGGGAGGAACUACAUGGUCCCUGUUGACGCUCCACAACCCUACGCCCCUGAGAACUGCAUCAGCGUGCAGAGGAUCCUCCAGAAGAUGCAGCAGCAGCAGACGGCCCUGAACCUCAUCCUGCUGGACACCUGCAGGAAAUGGUACAACCCAGAGUGUGCCCUCUCCCAGGUACAGCCGCUGGAGCCCUGGGGCAAUACUGUUUAUGGCUAUGCCACGAGUGAAGAUGCAGAAGCCUAUGAGUUGCAGGAUGGGGAGUUCAGCUCUGGGAUCUUCAUGAAAUAUCUGAAGAAACAUAUACUGCAAGAGAAGAAGGUUACACACAUGCUGGAGGAUGUGUUGGAAGACAUCGGGCGGGAUCCCUUGGUCACUGGGAAGCAGGUGAUGGAGAUCAAACACACUCUGAAGGAAGCCCGGUCCCUGACGGACCCGAUCUGUCCAUUGGGAGCAGCUGCCGAGCACUGGGGAUGCAGCCAUGAGCCGCCGAGCAAAACGGUGACCUUCCCCUGCGGAGCACAGGUGGAGCUCUGCUUCCACCGGCUCUUCUCCAACGUGAUGUACGUGUGUGCCAAGCUGCAGCCUCCCCCGGCCCACGUGGCUGACGCCCGCCUCCUGCUCUGCCGGCCCACC